ACUGAGUAAGAGAGAGAGAGAGAGUGAGUGAGUAAGAGAGAGAGAGAGAGAGAGAGAGAGAGAGACAUAAUGACUGUUACUACUCUCAGUGUAAAUCAGUUUCACUGCGCGCGCGCACACCGCUCUGUAGCCGGAGCCCGUGGACUGGGAAUUUAAACCGGCCACCCGGUAUUCUGUCCCACUGACAAUCCCAACACCGUUAUUUCCUUUAGUCGGGUUGUUUUUAUCUGUUUGGAAAUAUGAUUAUACGGUAGUCGGAGCGCUUCCUGGAAGUUAGUUUCCCUGCGGAUAUAGUGUUUGUGGCACUUUUUUCUUUCGGCGGGGAACAUGGAGCUGGAGCUGGUGGGUCGGCGCUUCCUGUGCGUGAGCGGCGGAGAGGAGCGCGAGCUGGGCGGCGUGGCGCGCUGGGGCUGGAGAGCCGGACUCAUCCGCGCUGUCACAAGCCGCCACACUGACAGCCCGACUCUAGCUGUGUGUGUGGAGUGGGACGGCGAGCCGGCAGCAGAGUGUAGAUGGAGGAGGCUCAGGGAGGAGUGGGAGGUGUUUGUGCUGGAACACGAGCUGGUAUGGGCCAAGAGGAACAGCACCUCACAGGAGAACAGCUCUCCACAGCCUGCACUGGCUUUCCAGCCCCUGACUGGCCAAGCGCAAGUGGGCGGAGUAGCAGUGGUGGAGUUCCUGUCGGACAGAGAGCUGGAGUUCUACACAGAAACAGAAGAGCUGCGUCCGUAUGAGGGGGAAGUGGAUGGCAGGAGCUCAGUGCUGAGAGAAGAUCUUUCAAGCCAUGAGCAGCUCCAGGCUUGGCUCAGACAUCGGCAGUUCCAGCACAUUCUUCAGCUAGGACAUGGCAGUGUGAAGGGCCUCAGGGUAAAGGUGUUCAGACCUGAUUCCAAACCUCAGUGGCUCCAUGGUAUUGUCAGCCAUCAUGAUCAGAACAGCAGAACCAUGACUGUCCUGAGCGACCAGGUAGAAGAGCCUCUGAGUGUGGACCCAGCGCUUGUGCAUGUGCUGGUUCUGGAUGACAUUAGCCAGUUGUUAUUAGUGGAAGAAAAUGGCACAACAAAUUGCAAACCUCACACUAACAAGAUCAGCAGGAUCACCCUGAAUGCAGGAAACAGGUCAAGAAACAGUACAGAAACAGACCAGGUGUGUAGCUUGGGGCCAGUGCAGAGGAAACAGACAGAGCUGUGCAGAGAGAACUCCAACUGCAGUCUGACAGAGGAAAACACAGAUGGGAUGAGGGAGGAGAGUGAAGCUGAUGAAGCGAGAGCAGAUUCCUCAAAGAGUAGGAUCAACCAUAGCGAGAGGAAGAGGAGGAAAGCAGUGGAUAUGGAAGAGCAGGACAAAAUGGACAGUAGAAGUGCUGGGUUGAAGAGGCCGAAAGGUAACAGUGGCUCUGACCAGUCAGAGUGCAGUGAUACGGAGGGCAGCAUCUUGGACUCAAAAAACCUACAGAGAAAAUCUUUAAAGAAGUCACCUGACUGCAAGACAGUCAACAAUCCUGCAGCACAUUUAGGACAUGGCCUGAAGGCUCACUCGUCUCCCAAAAGCAUAGAACUUUCUUCUAGACAAUUAGCAGAGAAUGAAUGCCAGAGAGUAGGGAAAGUCAUGCCCUUGCAGGCUCAUCUAACCAACACACCCUGCAAUGGCGUGUACCAAACAGUCAGUUCACUACAGUGCACUAUGGGACUGGGCUGUGAUAAAGCAGAGAUGGAACCGGGAGAUGGAGUGAUGGAGAUGGAAGACCAGAGCGAAGGUGCAUCACAAGAGGACUGUGAAGCUGUCUCUGCCCUACUGGCAUCCCAAGAGAAUGAGCAGCUAGUUUCCUUGGAGACUGCAUGUGUGUUGUUGCACACGUCACCACCAGAGUGCGAGGGUGUUGAGGGUGAGCAGGAGAUUCCACCGGGUGACCCAGAGGUCAGGAUUUCUGCUUUGACAUGCCCAGAAGUCAUUACACCCAGUUGUGACUCAGCAGAAACAGUGGAAGAAGAGCCGAGAGUAGCUUUGACUCACUCUCCCACUGUGCUUUGCAAUACAAAGGUAGAUUCUGCUAAAGUAGUUAAGUCAAGUCAGUCCCCUGGAGCUACUAGUCCUAGACACGAUGCUGCUCUUGUCUCAGAAAUUACCCACAAGACCACUGUACGCCUAAGUCCUUGUUCCUCUCUUGAGGUGAUUUCCAAGCCACCAGAGAUUACAGAGGUUACCAGGCUGAAGUGCAAUGCCUCUCCUCAAGCUGCCAAAUUUGAAGAGCGCAGUUUGCCCUCAAAAGUCAGUACAGAUAAAGUUCUCAUGGGCUUUAAAAGCACACAUGGUUCCAAAGCAACCUCUACCCCAACCCUUCAUCAACAUAAUGCACCCUCUCCUAGCAAAACAGAUACACAGGCUCAAUCAAGGACCCCACCUCAGAAUAUUGCCCAUAACCCUAAUCACAUGCCUUCUACCGAUAAACCAACUAAGAGUCCACUGAUCAUUGACAGAAAUGAGCCUUUCACAGUGUAUCGAGACCCAGCACUUGUGAGAAGAGAACUGGAGAGCCGUUCUACCUAUGUCCAACCCCCACACACCCCACCCAACCUCCAUUCAAAACACCAUCUGAAGAGCCCAUCUCCCUCCUCUAGCUCCCCCGGCCUUACCUCCACGACAUCCCACACCAAGAUCAUGAGUCCUGCUGCACACCUCUCACCUCUUCCCCUCCCUUCCCAGUCUCCUUUGUGUUCUACUCACCCCUCCAUCCCCCACCCUCACCUGCUUCCUUCUCUCCUGCCUGGUUUGCCCCCACCCUCAGCACUCCUGGCUGGACAUGCUCGGCUGGGGCCUCUGGGUCUCCCCCACCACCCAUUGACCCUGCAGGCGACCCAGUCUCUCCUGGGCCAGGGACCAGGAACUGCUUCCCUGGCACCAAUGGGCCUGUACCCAGUCCUCUGGCCCCCUUUUCCUAAUGGGGUACAUGGCUACGGUCUGGGAAUACCAGGGUCCAAGUGGACACCCUCAGAGACUGCAAGCAUGUCUGAGGCUAGCCUGCGGAGGAACACACCUAGCCCCUGGGUCCCUCAGACUUCUCCUGUAACCAGUGCAGAAAGUCAGGGUUUGCGACUCCCCCUACCUGUACGGCCCUCAAGCGCUGAACCCCAGAGACCAUCCAGGAGUGCCCAGCCCAGCACCCCUACCUCUAAAAGCACAGAGGAACCGGAGAGGAGGGCUUUUACAGAGACACAAAGCCCCAUCCACGUACCGCUGAAGGUGGAACAGGAGCGUAUUAGGGCAGUAGUGGGAAAGAAUGGACACACAUCCCACUCUACAGUCACAGAGUCACCUUCUGCUCGCUCCAAACAGCCCCAGUUGGUGUAUGACCUUACAGGUGACCGCACCAGCUGUUACCAGGAGGAGAGCCGGCGCAUUCUGCAGGAGAGCAUUGAAGUAGCACCAUUCACAGCCAAACUCAGCUCAGACAGAGAACCCUACCCUAAAAGCCCUACUCCUUCACUGCAUUUCAAAGAGAGAGAGAAAGAGCAACAGCGUGAGAGAGAGAUGCACAUGUUCAGACAUAGCGUGCCUCCCAGGUUGCAGUCAGCCCAGCCUUCACCGACACUCACGCAGAAUAGCUACUACACCCCAGCAGCUGGCAGUGUGGAGAACAAGGCUUCUGCGCGUAGAGCUCCACCCAACAAGGAGCUGUACGAGAGACUGAGUUCCCCAAACACUGCUGCCUCCGUCCUCUCUUCACCUAGUACACAAAGCACAGCUAAGGCUAGACCUCCACCCCUCAUCAAGCGCAACCCUGAGAAAGAGGAAGGUCUCCUGGGCAAGAUUACAGAACAGUUGAUCUCAAAAGCUAUCUCCACAGACCCAUUGGAAGUCAGUAGCAUGGAGAGAAACGGCUCCUCCACUUCUCUCAUUUCUGUCUCUUCUUCUUCUUCUUCUUCUUCUUCUUCUUCUUCUUCUUCUCGUGUUGUAACCUCACUGCACAGGGCCCCCAUAUUCCACCCCCCAGCCUUACCCAUUGUGAUGUCUAAAGAGGCAGGGCAAGGUAGGUUGUCACCACCUACCCUGACACCCAUCCAGCCAAUGGGCUUAUCGGGAAAAGGUCAGAAUCAACACAGGCCGCCCACAUUGAUGCCCGAGCUCAGACACGGAGCGGUUGCUGGAAAGAGGGUGGCUCCUGAGCCAAUAUCCAUUGUAAACAAAGGUUAUGAUUUGCAGAGGGGUGGUGUUGUGCACAACCGAGAAAGAGUGGUAAGCGGUCACACGCCCAAUGGAGGAUUGGUGAACACACAGGCUGCCACUGCUUCUGUUAUUGUUCGUUCUUCUGGUUACAUGCACACACCUGUGAACCACACCAUCACUGAAAGGUUGCUUUCCCAAGUUCAGUGUGACCAUAUGCGAACAUUAGAAAGUUUGCCAAGCACACACUUGAAGGAUGGCUAUGUUCAGUGUAAGAGGGGCAUCCUGUGGACCCCUGUCGACACUGUACACCCUGUUAACAUGGUCGCUUUAAAACAGGACAACACACCUUUGAACAUGGCUAAAAAUAUGAGUACUCAUUUUUCCAACUGUGGGGUGAAAUAUUCUGUUAAUGUAGAUACACCGCACUCAAGAAGAGACUUAGUAUCCGAGCAGUGUGAAAAGGAGAAGGAGGAUGUUGGUAAGGUAGCUCAGCCAAAGGUGAAUCUCUCCUGUUGUCCCCCUAGAGGCAUCCCCCAUGUAAAGAAACGCAGAGCUGGACUAGCUGCUUUAGAACCAAGACAAAAUAUGCAUGCAGUCCAGCCCCUGCACACUACAGACACUUUGAACCCUACCAAGAGUAGAUACACUUGCACUACACACACUAUGAAUUCCAAAUGCACUGCACACACUCUGGACCAAGAUAAAGAGUCUAUAUUCAAUCCUAGCCCAUCCAAAUACCCCAGGUUAGCCCCUGAGGUCACUGGGGUUGUAGCCAACAAACCAGGCUCAGUGGCAAAAGUUCAGCCUCUGUCUCCUUCAGCCCAUACUAACCAACCUGCCCAGUCUGGUCAGAACAAUUACCACAAACUGAAAAAAGCUUGGCUUACCCGUCACUCUGAGCAGGACAGAGGUAGUGUCACCUCAGAGACAGCAGGGGGCAGUACCACACUAACCACCACAACCACUGUCUCUCUGCCCAUCAAACAGGAGGUGAAUAGACUGGAGGAUAAAUGGCCCAUACAGGAGGGCAAAGAACUUUUUCUGGAUAAUAGGAAAUUUAAAACUCUAGACAGGAAAUGCCUUGUUGAAGAUAGGAAGUCCAACACAGAGGAUAAAAAAACACCUCUCACAGGGGAUAAUAAAGUUACUUUAGAAGAUGUAAAGCCCACCAUGGAUAGAAAUUUCAACUUACAGAGUAAGAAGUCUAACUUUCAGAAACUAUGCAUUAAUUUAAGGAAGCCAAACCCAGCCGACAUAAAGAUAGAGAAGGAUAAUCACGGGGAGAAACGGAUCUUUCAGUCCCGCUUUGAAAGUGAGAGUGGGGGGGACUCGAGCAAUGAAAGCGAGUGUCACAAAUCCAACCCAGGGAGCAUUCAUCAGCCCAAACCUGCAUUCAAAAAGAAGCAGAAUGACCAGAAAAAGCAGAGGGGUGAGAAUGAGAGAGAGGGGGAAGAGGAAGAGGGAGAAGAGGAUGAGGGGAAACUUAAUGGCACAAUCCAGACUACCAAAGAGAAAUCUCAGCACAGGCUGCCUAGCAACGGCAUUCCUCGUUCAGUGCUAAAGGACUGGAGGAAGGUAAGGAAGCUGAAGCAGAGCGGCGAGGCCUUCCUGCAGGAUGACUCGUGUGCAGAGAUUGGAGCUAAUGUGCAGAAAUGCCGGGAAUGUCGAUUGGACCGCUCACGCAAGGCCCAAGAGCCUGUCAUUUCACCUGUCUUCUGUCGCUUCUACUACUUCCGCAGACUGUCAUACAGCAAGAACGGAGUAGUGCGUGUGGACGGCUUCUCUGUUGUUGAAGACACUGAUGAAGAAGCAGUGCGAGUGUGGAUGGCGGGCUUUGAGGACGAAGAGGAAGACAAGCAAAGGGAGAUGGAACUGGACACCGCCAAAUAUAUUCUCACGCUCAUAGGAGACAAGUUUUGUCAGCUUGUCAAGACAGAAAACACUGCUAUCACAUGGGUCAAGAAAGACACCCAGGUAAUGUGGAAGCGAGCGGUGAGAGGUGUGAGAGAGAUGUGUGACGCAUGUGAGGCUACUCUGUUUAAUAUGCAUUGGGCCUGUCACAAAUGUGGCUUUGUGGUGUGCAUGGACUGCUACAAAGCCCGUGAGAAGAAGAGUGCCAAAGAUAAAGAGCUGUAUGCCUGGGUGAGGUGUGUGAAAAACCAGCCCCAUGACCUGAAGAACCUAAUGCCUACUCAAAUAGUUCCAGAGAGAGUAUUAGCAGAUCUACAGAGUGCCAUGCACUCUAUAAGGAGAGAAUACGGCAUCCCCUCUCAGUGCUCUUGCUUUGGCAGUAGCGCCUUCCUCUCCAGAUCCACCAUCAACGGCCUCUUACAGCUUUCUGAGAGAAGGCAGUACGACUUGAAAAGCCAGCAGCGAAAUCAGCAGAAGAGCGCACAGAACACUGCUCACAAGAUCUCCACAGAGAGAAGAGGAAAACUGGAGUGUGAUGAUAUGGAGAAUUUGGGCAGGAAGUCAGGCAGCCCAGAGCAGGGCUCCACUUUGCGUGACCUCCUGACAUCCACAGCUGGAAAACUGCGGCUGGGAUCCGCCGGGCCUGGAAUCGCAUUUGCACCAGUUUAUAACAACACCGAUCAGACUGUCCAGAAAGCACGCAUGCCCAACCUCCUGGAUGACAUUAUUGCCUCAGUAGUAGAGAACAAAAUUCCCGCCUCAAAGAUGACCAAACUUGGGUUGAACCAGGAUUUGCUGACAGAGGAGGAGGAAGAACUAGCGCUGGAGGAGGUGAAGCCUAUUCAAAUCCCGUCGGCUGACCCGCAUAACAGUGUUCCACAUGAUUGGAUAGGCAACAAUCGGUUGCUUUGGCUUAAAGAUCAUCGUCACCUAGGCAACCAAAGAUUGUUCAAAGAGAACUGGACACAAGAGCAGCCGGUACUGGUCUCUGGCCUGCACAAGAGUCUGAAUGCCAGUCUGUGGAAGCCAGAACACUUUAGCAGAGAAUUCUCAGCACUCCACAGUGAUUUCUACAACUGUCGUGAUGGGAGCAUCAUAAACACCUGCGUCAAGGAAUUCUGGGAUGGAUUUGAGGACGUGUCAAAGAGAACUAAAUCUGCUAAAGGUGAUCAUGCUGUAUACAGACUGAAGGACUGGCCAUCAGGGGAAGAGUUCCUGGCACUCAUGCCAUCCAGGUAUGAAGAUAUUAUGAGGGCUUUGCCAGUUCCAGAAUACACUGGUCCAGAUGGCGCCCUCAACCUUGCCUCUCGCCUUCCAUCGUUCUUCAUCCGUCCAGAUCUGGGUCCUCGACUCUGCUGUGCACAUGGUGUGACAGCAUGCCCAGAGCAGGACUUUGGAACCAGCAAUCUGCAUGUUGAAAUCUCUGACACUAUGAGCAUUCUGGUCUACGUGGGUGUAGCCAAGGGCAAUGGAGCGCUCUCCAAGUCAGGAGUUUUGAAACUCUUAGAGAGAGAGGAUCUAGAUGAGAGUGCAAAGAAGAGGCUGAGAGAUCCCGAUGAAACUCCAGGCGCACUGUGGCACAUCUACCUGAGUAAAGAUCUCCAUAAGAUCCAGGAAUUCCUCCAAACGGUAACAGUGGAGCGUGCUGAGGCAGAUGCUGAGGCUGACUCUGAGGCAGAAUUGGAGAAUGAGGCAGACCCUCUUCGUGAGGGGUGCUGGUACCUAAGCCCGAAGCUGCGGCAGAGGCUUCUGGAUGAACACGGUGUGGAGAGUCGCACACUGCUACAGUUCUACGGAGACACUGUGAUUAUUCCUGCCGGAGCUCUGCACCAGGUGAUGAAUUUGCACAGUUGCAUUCAGGUGAAUGUGGACUUUGUGUCCCCUGAACAUGCUCACAACUCAUAUUUCCUGACCCAGGAGCUCCGCCCUCUCAAAGACCAAGUUAAUUAUGAGGACAAAUUACAGGUAAAGAACAUCUUCUACCACUCAGUGAAGGACGCUGUGGCCGCUCUGAGCCGGCACUUGAAAGAGCAGAGCACAGAGGAGGUGAAGGAGGAAGAAUGCUGACGGCAUGCGUGCUCACUAUGUGAGCAUGGCGCCAGGUGCAGACAAUCUUCAGAGGGGAACCAUUUCUCUGCGAACCAAUUCCAGAGUCGCACAUUUCACACCAAUGACCAUAAACACUAUUUUGCUUCUGUGCAAGAACCCAACACUUCCUCCAUGAUGUCACCAUAUUCUGUUUGAUUAUUGUCACUGUAUCUUCACCAGAGCUCAGCUCCACCCUGAUAUCUUCCUGCUUGGCCAGGAAGUGAGGUGAGAGGUUGAGGCAUGUCUGAACAUUGGAACAGAGGAAGUGGAUCUCUCUCCUGAGCAGGCAGCUGCAAAGUUGCUGAGUAGGAAGAGAGGUGAACUGCUAAGCACAGCACUUUCGAGCUCUCACAUGCUGUAUGCUGUGGAUAACCAAUGCAAAAGAACAACAGCAAAGGCUUUUUUUUUUUC